AUGGACGACGGGAACCUCGACUGCUCCUCCAUGGGCAGCUACUUCGACGGCAUCCUCAUGGACACGGAGCAGGUUGCGUGCUGCACCCACACCCACACCUGCCUCCACGUCCACUCCAAGAUCGCCGCCUCCGCCUCCUCCGAUGCCGGCGCGGAGACCCCGGCCGAGUUCGAGGACGCCCACGUCACCUCCAGGAGCAAGAGGCGCCGCCCGUCGGGCAACCAGGCGGCCGUGCGCAAGUACCGGGAGAAGAAGAAGGCGCACACGGCGCUGCUGGAGGAGGAGGCGGCCCGUCUCAGGGCUAUGAACAAGGAGCUCGCCAAGAAGGUCCAGGACCACGCCGCGCUCGAGGCCGAGGCGGCCAGGCUCCACUGCCUGCUCGUCGACGUCAGGGGGAGGAUCGAAGGGGAGAUCGGCGCCUUCCCUUACCAGCGGCGGCCGGCCAAGGGCGCCGGUCAGGGCGGUGCCCAGAUCUAUGCAAUGGAGAAUAUUAUUCUCUGA